AUAAAUUGUAUAGAAUUCAGUAAAAUAUACACAAUGGCCCGGGCACUUAAAUUCAUAUUAAUUCUUGCAAUUAUUGGUGUUGCAUUUUGUGCACCAACUGAAGAUGUAACAGUGACAGAGAGUGCAGCAGCAGGAACUGAACAUGGUGCACAUGCCAAAGGAAAGAGUGUGAGUGACUGGGUAAAAAAACCAAUCAAGUGGUCAUUCGAUGUGGCACAUAAGGGUGUCGAUAUGGGUAUGAAUAUAACCAAAAAAGCACUAGAUUUUAGUGAAGACAUAUCUGAAAAAGCAGUUGAAUUUGGACUUAAGCCAUUAGACUGGAUGGGACACAAAAUUGCUGAGAAAUGGCAAAAAGUACAUUUAAAAGGUUCACCAGCUGAUGUAUCCAAAUAUCCUUUUGUUGCUUUCAUUGUUAAAGGAGAAAAAGAUACUGAAGCACUUUGCGGUGGUACUAUUGUUCAUCAGAGAUUCGUAUUGACGGCUGCUCACUGUUUAGAUAAUCUGAAAGAGGAUGAUAAACUUUAUGUUUCUGUUGGAAGUGAUUCAGUAACCGGUAGUAACAGACAAAUUGUUGCCGUCGAAGAAAUUAUAAAUCGUCCAUCUUACAAUCCUAAAAAAUUAACUUUUGAUGGAGCUAUCUUAAAAUUGGCCAAAGAUCUUAAAUUUUCAAAAGAAGUUUCAGCUAUUACAUUGCCAGAAAAGUCUGAUUACGAUGCAGAGCACAUCAAUGAAGGUAAAGCAGUCGCACUUGGUACUUGUGAAAAAACUCACAAAAUGAUUGAAAAGACUGUGGAAAUACUGUCACUUGAAGAAUGUUCCAAAUCUUUCGAACUUUAUUAUAAUCAACUGUGUGUUAAAAACGAACAAGGAUCAUGUAACGCUCAAUCUGGUUAUCCAUUAACUCAAAAAGUAGACGGAAAGGAUAUAUUGGUAGGAUGGGCUUCUUAUACAGGUGAGCCUUGUGAAGCAAGUCCAGCUGUAUACUCACGAAUGAGCAAAUGGAUGACAUGGGUAAAGAAAGUAAUAGAAAACGAUAAAACUAAUUGAGUUGUACGCAUUAUUUACUAAAUAAAUUUAUUACAAACAUAA